AUGCAAUUCUCCAAGAUUAUCGGUUCCUUAGUGUCGGCUUCGUUGAUAACAAAUGUGAUGGGUGCUCCACAUGAAGCUAAAAAACGUGAUGAUGAUGACGAUCCUGUGGUGGUUCACAUUAAGACUACGGUGCAAAACACACAAACAAAUGUCCAUACCGUGGAAGGAAAGGUGCAAACUAAAACAAAUUGGAUUGUUGAUACUUCAACUGCCACUGUUACCAGUUAUACAGCCACCGUCACUUCCACAGUUUUUGGAACUCCUUAUACGUUUGUUACGGUUGCUACUACUCCGAUUGAUGUGUCCAGUUUGUCUUUGCCAACUGAAAUUGCUGCGCAAACCGAAAUUGAAACUACUCAAGCAAAGGCUGCAACCACACCCACAACGGUCCCAACUACAACGGCUCCAACCACAACCACUUCCACUUCCGUGACUCCAAAAGCUUCCGCUGCCGUCACCCAGACAACCUCUACCGAAGUGGCCGAAGUUACCGACUCCAAUGACGGACCAACCAUCACCGAUAGCAACAAUAUUCCAACGUCAACCGACUCAUGGAUUAUUGAAAAUGUCACCACCAUGACUUCCGACAGCGUCUGUUACGUCAAUUACGAUUACUACUACGCAUCCGAAGCCGACGAAACCAUAACAUCCACAUCCACCAUCUAUACCACCGUUACUCGUUCUUGA